GACGCGUCGCUCAAAUAACACGCAGCGGCCCCACCACGGCCGACUGCCCACCCCUGCUUAUCCUUCGCCCUCGUGCGUGAUCUUGUGCCACUAGACGUGCAGAAGCUGCGGAACCGUAAAGUGGCUAGGAAAAUAUGCACGCAUGCACAAUAGUUGUCCCGGGAAACCACGGCAGUAGGAGGUAGUUCGCCGGGUUUGGGGAUAUCCUCGGCGCGGAACUUACAUGCAGAUAAUCAACAGUAGUAGGCGAGGGCGCUCGGUUUUGGCCUCGCCUUUUCGAUCUCUCGCCUUUGCGGCCACUUUUGCCCUGAUGUUUGCGUUUGCAUCUGCGUCUGCGUCUGCAUCUGCGUCUGCCUUUGCAUUCGCAUAUGCAUUCGCAUUUGCCCUCGCGGUUGCUUCCGCACUGGGUCUGCUCAGUGCUUCGGCUGUUGUAACAGCCGAUAACAGCCGGCCAAAUUGCCGAGACGCCCGCUGUGUGUCGCACUUCUGGCAUGUGCUGUGUCAAUGCGGAGUGGGGUGGGAGCAGCCCUCCCCUACCCGGGGAUCUUCGGAGUGUAGCUGCCGUCGCCACCAACGUCACUGCUGCCGCCGCCAGCUAUGCCACAGCCGGCGCAGGGGUCGGCCUCCGCACCUGACGCCCGCCCUGCUGCUUCUGCCCUCCGAAGCGGGCCCCGUAAUCUUUUGCAGAGCACCACAGGCAAAUAUUGCUAGUUCGGUAUUGUGGGCAAACCCAAGCGACCGCCAUAGACGCACCCGGACCAUCUCUCUGCUCCCCCAGCCCCCUUCUGCCGCCACGUCCGCCCUGCGCGGAGACUCUUACCGCAUUCGGGUUACAUUGUGCUGGCGGCACGUUAAUUUCCCACAAAUCCGGCGGCCCAGCAAGAGCGCAGCCGCUGCACGAGCGGAUCGUAUUCGGCACUAGUGGCUUAGUAGCCUAGUGGCUUAGUGGCCUAGUGGAGCCGGCACAGGCACUAGCAGGUCCCGCAGGCCUAGUGUCCCAGCCCGGUCCCCUUUC